AUGGCGCCCUCCGCAACCGCAGGUAUUCCUCCGCCCUCUGGUCGCAACUCUCCCAAGCCGCCGCCCGCGAAGAUCUGGAGUGUCAGCGAACCGCCUUUCGAGGGUUUUAAGCCCAUUGACACCGAAGGCUAUGCGCGCAGCAACCGCGAAACAGCCAUAGUUAUCGACAAUGGCUCGUCCGCAGUCCGCGCAGGCUGGUCUUUCGAUGCGAAUCCCCGCUUGUCAUUACGCCCUCUCGUAGCUAAAUACCGCGAUCGAAAACUCGCCCGUACCUUCACCUUCGUCGGCUCGGACGUCUUUAGCGAUGGCACGGCCCGGGGCCAGUCGAAGAACGUAUAUGAACCGGGGAGCAAUGUCGUAAACAACUGGGAUGUCAUGGAGGGUUUGCUUGACUACUGCUUCAUCAAGAUGGGCGUAGACGGCAAGAACGGUAGCAUAGACAGGCCCAUCGUCAUGACGGAGCCUGUCGCAAACUUGGGAUACACAAGAAAGACCAUGUCCGAAAUCUUAUUCGAAUGCUACGGCGCGCCUUCUGUAGCAUACGGCAUCGACUCCCUCUUCUCCUACUCCUACAACGGCGGCAAGACAGGCCUUGUCGUCUCAUCGUCAUACACCUCCACGCACUUAAUACCAGUCGUCAACUCCAAAGCGUUACUGUCGCAGUCGACGCGCCUCAACUGGGGUCGCUUCCAAUGCGCCGAAUACCUGCUUAAGCUCCUCCGUCUAAAGUACCCUUCAUUUCCUGGCAAAGUCAGCGACCCGCAGGCCGAAGACCUUGUUCGUGAGCACUGCUAUAUCAGUCAAAGCUACGAGGAAGAACUAUCGAACUAUCUGGAGUGGACAGGGCUGGAAGAUCGGGAUCGGAUCGUUCAAUUCCCCUACGUUGAGCAAGUCGUGGUGCAGAAGACAGAGGAAGAACUUGCGGCAGCUGCAGAGAAACGCAAGGAGAGCGGCAGGCGAUUGCAAGCCCAAGCCGCGAAAAUGCGUCUGGACAAGUUAAAGCGGAAGGAAGAAGAAUUUGAGUACUACCAGCAAUUGCAGACCCAACUGCAAGACGUUACCAAAAAGGAAUCUAAGCGGAUAUUAGAGUCCAACGACUUCGAUGAUGACGGUCAGCUGGAGAAGAAAGUUCGUGAGCUGGAGAAGGCGAUACGCAAAGCAAGAAAUAAGGACGUCGGCGAUGUCGAAGAAGAGGUACAAGAAGAGCCCACAUUCCCGCUGCUCGACAGGCCCGAUGAAGAGCUCGACGAAGAAGAGCUAAAGCAAAAGCGCCAACAGCGGCUGAUGAAGUCUAACUACGAGGCGCGUCUGCGUGCAAAGGCAGAGAAAGAGCGCGAAAAAGCACGUCUAGCAGAAGAGCAGCGACUUGAUGACGAAAGACGUGAACAGGAUCUUGAAGGGUGGUCAGCAGAGCGCCGCACGGCGCGACAAGCCAUCAUCCAGAAAAUAAAGGAUCGCGAGCGUCUGAAGGCCGAAUUGGGCAACAGGAAAUCUCUGGCAAAUCAAAUGCGGAUGAAGUCCAUAGCGAAUCUCGCGUCCGAUGCCCCCACCAAGAAGCGCCGGAGAGGUGGCGGCGACGAUGAUACGUUUGGUGCUGAUGACGCAGAUUGGGGCGUCUACCGCACCAUUGCUACAGGCGAGCAGUCCGAUGAUGAAGAGGAAGAGGACCUGGGCAAGGCACUCAAAGAAAUCGAGGGCCAGCUGCUCCAGCACGAUCCCACCUUUACCGAAGAGUCCACACGGGAAGCGCAGAUGGACUGGACAAAAUCGUUACUCCAUGCAUUCAUGCAUGGUCCGUAUCCCUUCGACCCAGAAAAUCAAAAGGAGGCGCACCAACUCCAUCUCAACGUAGAACGAAUCCGUGUUCCCGAAGUCCUUUUCCAACCCAGCAUUGCCGGUCUCGACCAAGCUGGCAUUAUCGAAAUUGCGUCCAACAUUCUCACUGAACGCCUAGCCGACAAUCCGCACCGCGACGACGUUUUCAGAGACAUUUUCUUGACCGGUGGCAACACACUCUUCCAGGGUUUUGAAGAGAGACUCGCGUCCGAGUUGCGAGCUGUACUUCCCGCCGAGCAAGAGCUUGUUGUUCGAAGAGCGGACGAUGCAGUCUUGGACGCGUGGAGGGGAGCUGCGAAGUGGGCGGGCAAAAAGGAGAACAGGACUAACUUCAUCACGCGGGCGGAGUUCAUGGAGAAGGGAGGUGAUUACAUCAAGGAGCACAACGCGGGUAACGGUAUGUCUUUCUAA